UCGAGUGUAUUCUACGACGGAAGAAAUUCGUUUCUUUCUUACUCUGGGACCCACCAGGCAUUACUGGCGCGGGUGCCACCACUUGCUUGUGCUUUUCAUCAAUUUGUUCCCAUUGCUCCAUUAUUAUUCCCCAAACAGUUGUCGUUGAAGGAUAUUGAAGGAGGAAGCCGAGGAGCGACCAAGUAAUGGCCCCGAGGAAGAGGUUACCGGGAGUAGACGAUGAAUUGCAGAAGAUUCUGGAUGCUAAAAUGGAUCAAGUUCCCGCUAGAAGAAGGGCUCGUGAGGCCUUCAAGGAUAUUCAGCUUGGGAUUGAUCAUAUAUUGUUUAAGGCUCCAUGUGAUCAAGUAAAAGUGAAGGAGUCAUAUGAGGUGAACUCAAGGGGUAUAGAAAUCUUUACUAAAAGUUGGCUUCCUAAGUUGUCUAAGCCCAAAGCAACAGUGUUCUACUGUCAUGGAUAUGGAGACACUUGCACUUUUUUCUUUGAAGGAAUAGCUAGGAAGCUAGUGUUGGCUGGUUUUGGAGUUUUUGCUAUGGAUUAUCCAGGAUUUGGUCUUUCAGAAGGUCUUCAUUGCUAUAUCCCCAGUUUCAACAGGCUUGUUGAUGAUGUUAUUGAGCAUUACUCAAAAGUCAAAGAAAAUCCAGAGUUGCGUUCUCUUCGUAGCUUCCUUUUUGGACAGUCUUUGGGUGGAGCUGUUGCUUUAAAGAUACACCUGAAACAGCCUAAGGCGUGGGAUGGUGCUGUUCUUGUUGCGCCUAUGUGCAAGAUUGCAGAUGACAUGGUUCCACCAUGGUUGCUCACUCAGAUUUUGAUUGGCAUGUCUCAUGUCCUUCCAAAGAGUAAGUUAGUUCCACAAAAGGAUCUGGCUGAGGCAGCAUUUAGAGAUGUGAAGAAGAGAGAACAGACAGCCUAUAAUGUUGUUGCUUACAAAGAUAAACCACGCUUGCGGACUGCAGUAGAGAUGCUUAAAACUACUCAAGAAAUAGAACAGAGAUUGGAAGAAGUUUCUCUGCCAUUGUUAAUUCUUCAUGGGGAGGCUGAUAGUGUGACAGAUCUAUCUGUGAGCAAAGCCUUGUAUGAGAAAGCAAGCAGUUCAGACAAGACACUCAAGCUUUACAAGGAUGCUUACCAUUCUCUUCUUGAGGGUGAGCCUGAUGAUAUAAUCAUUCAAGUUUUCAGUGACAUCGUUUCUUGGCUUGACCAGCACAGCUCAUAAUUUUUCUUUAUCUCUUGUUGGAAUGGUAAAUAAUUAUCAUUUGAAACGUGAGCAUCAUAAUUUCUCAGCUACCUGGAAAUCUGUAUAUAUAAAAAACCUGUGUGUGAUUAAAAAGACAGAUUGAGUAUGGUAUAAAUUAUUCCUUACAGCUUAUUUGUGGCAAUUAUUGUCAUAUCCAUAUUUCAUGAGAUAGUGAGACCAUGACUGUAUCCUUACAUUGAAAAAAAAAAAAAAAACUGGACUAUGGUUGUGCUUUUCAUGGAAUUUGAAGUGAGUCGCAUUGUUCAUUACUUAUGAAUAAUGUGUUUUUUUGGUAGAUUUUCUAUUAUGUAUAGACAAUGAAGGCUUAUCUGACAGUUCUUACAAAAAUUUCAUUAAGCCUUGACCUUGGGAUGUACUUAGUUUAAUUUGAUAUAUUUGUGAAUCUUAUUUUCAUUUUUCGUUAGUCAAAUAUUCUUUGAUUGACAUGGAUGAUGAAAUUUUUGUAUAUGGAGAUCCCUAAUAGUUCUCUUUUGGUUGGUUCAAUGUGAUGUGAGCAAUGUUUUUAA